UUUGACAUCGGACGGAGUUUUUUUAGCGAAAAGCAUGGAGUGAACAUGAAAACCGUGGUCGAUUUUAUAUUUUUUGUUGUAAAUUACAUACACAUUUUCUAUUAGCAUCGUGAGGAUGAAUACGGAGAACGACAGUAACGACGGAGUGAAAUUAUUGCCUUUAGAAUUUCAACAGGGAUACAGCACUGAGCCGACUACCGAAAGUUUGCGGAAAAUUUUGGGGGAACUCGGUGCAAACACCAACGAAAUCGAAAUCAAAAAACUCAUCAAAGAAAUAGUUAAGGCUUACAGCAACUCUAAACAGGAAGACAUUCAACGGAAUGAAGCCAGAAAUAUGCUGCUGGAAUUAUUUACAUUGUUUAACGGCAAGAAGCAACUGAAAAAGUAUCUCCAGGAUGUCAUUAUCAAGUCAGAUUUGGUCAAUGAGAUCAUUAGAGAUACUUCACAGGCGAUACUCGAUAAAAUUCGAGACACGAAAACAUGCAAUCUGAAAGAGUGCAAUGAAUUUUUACAUUUUGUUUCUGUAGUUCAAACGUCGCCGGUUUACAAUUUUGAUGAAAAUUUUCGUCCUCUAUUUCCCCUUUAUAUUUCUUUAUUUGAUAGUUUUGCUAUAUAUGCCAGUCAGAUUAAACAAGAUAUUUUACCUGAAAUUGAAGAAUUGAAUGUCUUAAUGAAUGCAGUUUUGAAGCAAAUACUCCCCAUUUUUGUUAAAAAUGUCUCAUUUCUUGAAGAAAUUAAAGAGCAGUAUCUCCAGUCCUUGUUGAUGUAUUCAUAUAUUUUGUUGUUUAAUGAGAAGAUCGGAUUCGACUUGAGGAUGAAAGUGUGUUUGAUUUUUGUGUAUUCGUUUAGUGUUUUGGAGGGAGACAACAUGAGCGUCUCGCAGCUGAUAAGUAAAAAUGGGUCUCAGUUCAAUUUGUCAGUCAACAGUUUAGAUGGCAAGAGCAUACCCAACGAUUAUUUAAUAAUAAUUUAUUCCUCUAUUUUAAAUGUCUUGCCAGAGGAUAAAUUAAUUUCUGAAAAAGUUGAUGACAAAUCUCUCAUUUGCGUGUUAUGUGAGGGCAUCUUGGAAACUGCCAAGAGCAAUGCGGGUUAUUCAUCGGUAAUAAUCGAAACUGGACGGGCGUUAUGCCACAUCGUGAAACAUUUAAAGAAAAUUCCACUCGAAGUCUUGAAGCCUUUAUACGUCGAGGGCCUUUUCUUCGUGUGGUCCCACGCCGAUCAUUUUGUGGACACCGUCCGUACUUACGCGAAACAAUUCUUCGAGGACCUGGUCGUUUUGGCUGCCCACCAUCGCGAAUCGGGCAACGACGAAUUGACCGAGUUACUGUUGGACAAGAUGGGCGAAAUCCCGGAUUCGAGUACUGUGAAAUUUUUCGCCUACGAAUACUUGGGCAAACACUACGGCUGCGAUUAUCUGUUGACCAAGUUUGAAAAUUUGCCGGAAGUACUCUUGAGUUUUGUCGAUGAAAUGUCGGUUAACGAGCAAGUAUGCAAAACGUAUGUGGCAUUGGUGGAGGGGAGUUUCGAUUCUGGGACGAAGGAGUCAUGGGCGAAAUGGGUGUUUCCCGCGAUGGAGCUGCUCAAGUCAGGCAAGGAAUGUCACGGUUUCUGCCAGAAAAUCGUCAACGCCGCUUUUAAACUGCAACCUGCCAUAUUGAGGAUUAUCUUCCCCAACGAGUACGUCGGCUCGACGCAGGAAUCGACGAUCCUGCUGCACUGUUUGCAUUACGCCAGGAAAAACGGCAUCGAACUGAGCGUCGACAAAGAAACCAACUUGUACUGGCGGGGCCUGAUCGACAAACAGAAGAUGGAGAUGUUUAUGAUCCACCAGGAUGAAGAGAUUAGGCUUCUGGUGCUCGGUUGCGUGGCGGAGAGCCUUAAAACGACCGAACUCUACCUAGACUGGGAGUUUAUCUUUUUAAUCAACUACAUCAGGUACAACAUUACGGCGCAAACGCCGAACGUGCGCAAACAGAUUGUAGCGUACUACAAAAAAGUUCUCGCGCGUUUCGAUGCCGGCUACAAGGUAAUACUCCGGAACAUAGCUCAUCUGAACCGCUGUUUAGAGUCUUAUAGGUUGGCGGUCGAAAAGGACAAAUCGUUAGCGAAGAACCCGGCAGAUAACGCCACCGUACGCUUCCUGAACCUAUAUCAGGAGCUGAAAAAGUCGUACCGCUGUUUUAUUUGCAAUUUGACAAAGAUACUGAUCGGGAAUCUGUCGUACGAUUCGAAUUAUCCGCGGCGCGCCUCCAGUCUCGAACUGCUCUUGGUCAUACGGACCGUUUUGGCGCCUGACGAAUGGAAAAAGUGCUGGUCGGAAGACGACGUGAAGAACAGCCACAAUAUACUGUUCGAUACAUACGAAUCCAACAAGAAAAUGAUCGUCGCGCUAUUGAAAUCGCUACCGCCUCAUUAUCUGGGUUUCACGAACGUAAACUUCACAUACAAGUACAUGCAGCGGUGUUUCGAGAUGGCGCUCGAGGUGAAGCCGAGUAAGACGUUGUCCGCCGCUUACCUAUUCGAAAUAUGCGCCUACUCGCCGUACUUUUACACCAUUGUGCACUGCGACGAGAGCAAGGAGGGUCGCAAGUCGACGGAUCCCAUUCUCGACAUGAUCGUCGUCGUCACGCGGAAACUGAUGAAUCACGCGUCCGAUUUGAAAAUCGACGGCGGCGACGUGUCGAAGUCGUCCAUUUACGGUCUCAUUUUGAGCAUCAGGCACCUGCUGGAGAGCAGGAGCGUCGACGAACAACACCACGAGACGUACGCGGGAAUAUUCGAUCACCUAAUCGUCACGUGUUUCGAUAUCCAAACGAAAAUCAUGCCGGUGGUGUGUAACCCUUCGCCGGAGGGUUACCUACCAGAAAAUGGCGACGACGUGUGCGAGACGGACGAGUCUUCGCGUGCCCAAAUGAUCCUGGUGUACGCUUGGCGCACCGUCAAAGAGAUCACGUUGCUGCUCGCCGAAAUCGCCAAGCAAACCGUCAAUGCCGAGCGUCGAGUCGGGGAGGAAGACGCCACCCUCGUCGUCGACGAGAAACUGACGAAGAUCGGCGAGUUUUUCGUCGACGUCUUUGUGCAGAGCAAGCAUCGGGGCGUGUUCGAGCAGGGGUACGUCGGUUUCAGCGUCGUUUGCGAGAGUUUCUGGCGGUCCAGCCGUAAGACGAUCAGCUGUCUGCCCAAGAAGUGGCUGCAUGAAGCUCUCGACCUGUGCACCGGCAAGACGCAGUCGGACGGUCUAUGCCCUACUCGACGUAGCGCAGGUUUGCCGUUUUUGAUCCUGUCGAUUUUGACCAACGAGCCGGAUCCGUCUUACUUUCACGACGCGAUGGAGACGUUGCUCGCGCGCGCGGAAGACUACGAGACGUGCUCGAACGAAACGCGCAUGCACUGCAUGAACGUGUUGCGCGCCAUCUACCGACACAGCAAGCUCGGCGAGCUGGUCGCUUCGUACGUUGCCAGAGGCGUUAUCCUCGCCAUUACCGGCUACAAGAGCGAUGAUUGGGCCAUUAGGAACUCGUCGACGCUGCUCUACGCGACGCUGAUGACGCGGAUGUUCGGGGUGCAGCGGACCGCUGACUCGGAAGACCUGUGCAUCAAGAACAAAUUGACGCUGCGCGUCUUUUUCCUCAGGUAUCCCGAGCUGUACGGCUUCCUGCUCGACACGUUGGCGCAGGAAUGCCGUAACAGGAGCAGCCUCGUCCUACAUCCCGUCUUGAUGAUACUCGCGCGCCUCUACGGGUCGAAUUUCGAAGAUAACCGCGUUCAGAUGGAUCAGUAUUUUCCGUACGUCAACGUUUGCCUGUCGAAUCCCGUGUACCGGACGAGAGAUUUGGCGGCGAAAGCGUCCCUUUCUCUAGUCGACUACGUCCGCGUGCUCGAGCAUUUCUCGAAGUGUUUCGGCCGGUUGCAGGAGGCGGACGUUACCGACAACGAAUGUCACGGCAUCCUUUUGCAGGUCUGGCACAUACUCAAGAGUCAGGCCGUUUCGGCGGUCGAUUUCCCGUUAGGAGACUACCUUUCCCGAAGCGUCCAUCUCUGGGACCAAGCGGGACGAAAGUUUAGUCACAUGACGGUCAACCUGUACACCGAGGUGGUCGCGCGGUUCCUGUUAGAGAAUCCCGAUUUCGCCGACGUCCACUGGCUGAAGAGGAUCCUGCUGGGCCUGUCGCGGCAAAUCAAGCGGAACGCGCUGCCGGAAACGUGGCGAAACAAGUUCGCCGCCACCCGUUUCGUUCUCACCUACUAUAUCGUCAUCAACAAGCUGGAGGAGACUGACGUGACGUACUCGACGAUGACCAACGAGAUCAUGUCGUACCUCUACGGCCACGACCCCUACAUGAAACGUUUCUGUCUCCACUUUCUCAUCUCUCUCAAUCAAACGCUUCAGGCGGCCAUCGAUCCGGACUUCAAGGAACACCCGCUAUUUCGCACGGAAGACGUAGAAAUUCCUGCCGAGGUCACCGGUUUAAUAUCGACGUUUCAGCGAUCGUCGGGCGAGAAAAUCCUGCGCCAGAUCCACCCUUACCUAAAACCGUUCCUGAUGGAGGAGCUGAAGAUCGAGCACUACGUCCGUAACGACGACAAGGUGCUGCUGUUCCUGCUGCUCGACUUUUAUCCGUGCGCGAUCAGGUUUCUGCGGUUGAGCAAGCAGGAAACCCUGAACACGUUGCUCGCCUACUGCGACUGUGAUAACGAAGAGCUAAUUAGCGCCGCGAUCAGCACUGUGAGCACCUUCAUGGCGGAGGUCGAUUACAAUCUGUUGUGCUACGACAAGCUCAUCGAAGUACUGUCAAAGUCGGCGUCACCCGCCGCCACGGUGCACCGCAGGCUUGCCGUCUGCGAGUUCCUUUGCAGGAACUACAUCCUGUACUGCAACGAGGAGCCGAUUUUAAAAGGCGACCUGCUCUGCACCGCCCUCAACAUGGUGAUGGUGCUGCUGGAGGACGACGAGCUUGAGGUGAGAAAUUCGAUGAGCAACUACGAGAACGCGCUCAAAGUCAGGAUUAAAAUCAACAAUUCCAUGAACCAAACGAUUUCGGGGCAACGGUGGCCGGUCGUACCGGAAAAGGCGAAGGAGGACCUCAUCUACCUCGCGACAGUCCUGCUACCUCAGGACAAAGCCGUAUGUUUGAUUUUUUCGUGGGCGUGUCGCUACUUCCCCGACCCGUCCAACGAAGCGUUCGAGAUAUUCGAAAGGGGCGGACUGAACCAGUACGCGGAAAACACGCCCUUGAUCGACGUGUGCUCCCGGAUACUGAUCAAAAUGCUCUGGUCGCUGCCCGAGGGCCUGUCGUACGAGGACAAGUCGAUAUUCCUCGAGGAGCAGACGCUGACGGUGACGACGGUACUGCUGAACGCGCUGCUGCGGUACGACUCGCCGAUGAUGCUGCUUAAAACGAAAUUAUCUGUGAUAUGCGCGCUGAAGUCGAUGUACAAGUUUCUCGAGAACAUCGAGGUGGGUCCGAAUUUCGCCUCCGCGUUCCGAACUUAUUUGAACGACACGAUCCUCAAUUAUCUGACGACCCAUCUCGAGCACAGCGAUCUGUUUUGCGUGAAGAAAAUCAUCAGGAAACUAUACGACCCGGUGUUUAGGCCGAGGCGAUGAGGGCGUGACCGUGGGCGAG